AUGAAAAAAAUUUACCUUAUAACAUUCACACUUAUUGGAUUUAUAAGUAUUGUUCGUUCAAAAUGGAUUCCACGUGAUACAAAAAUUAACGCGUGUGAUAAGCUUGUUGAAAACGUUCUUUAUUCAGAACAACAGUUUUGUAGUUAUUCUGAUAUAAAAGCUUGUUAUGAAUCGACUCCGUAUAAUAAAACAAAGGCAACACAAAUAAUAGAGACAGUGAAAGAAAAUCUUAAAGUAUUUUAUGUAUUAUUGGAGCAAUCCAAAGAAGAUCCAAAUCCAGGAUUUGAUUUUCGGCUCUCUUCUACUGAUUAUCACCGAUUUAGUUUUGAUCAGGGAUUAUCUUCGUAUUCGGUAAUUAAAGAAGAUGGAACACAGCAACUUAAAGUUUUUGAUGACAUGAUAGAUCCUGGUACCAUUGAUUGUCAAGUUAUAUAUAUAGAUGACAGACCAGCGAUUGAUGUGAUUACAGAAUUUGCUA